GAGAGCGCGCUCUGCUCCCUGCCUUCGCCUCACUUUACGCAACUUUCCCUAACUUUCAGGCAGCCUCAGGGGGCCCCCGCAGCCCCCUGCCUCUCCUAGUGACUUACUGGGGUCGAUUCCGACCUUUUUUAGGGAGAAAAGCAGCUUUUAAGAGCUUUCUUUUCGUGCCUUGCUGGAAAGAAGCAGCCGUACUGAGAGCCCAGGUCGUUGUUUUUUCCAGCUUAGAAGCCAUGGCGCACCUCCAUUUUUGUGCGCUCUCCUAAUGAGGUUUUUUCCUUCCGGACCCGUUUUAGUAGUAAUUUUUGCAGCGUUAUUUUUGACCUGUUAACAUAUUUGAGGACUAUUUUAUUUAUUUUUCAUUUUUUAACCGAGGACUUUCGCUUUAUUUUUAAUUAUUUGGGAUCAGAUCUUUUUCUACUAGAUAGGACUCUCGCAUUGAACCUACUACAUGGAUCAGUAAAUACCUGGGCACAGGACUUCAAAGCAAACAGAUCUCCCCUCCCCUUUAAUAUUUAAGAAUUAAAAGAUGAUGAGAAAUAAGGACAAAAGCCAAGAGGAGGACAGUUCGCUACACAGCAAUGUAUCGAGUCAUUCAGCAUCUGAAGAAGCAUCUGGUUCAGACUCGGGCAGCCAGUCGGAAAGUGAGCAGGGCAGUGACCCAGGAAGUGGACAUGGCAGCGAGUCAAAUAGCAGUUCUGAAUCUUCGGAGAGCCAGUCAGACUCUGAAAGUGAAUCUGCAGGUUCCAAAUCCCAGCCAGCCCUUCCAGAAGCCAAAGAGAAGCCCACUUCUAAGAAGGAACGGAUAGCUGAUGUGAAGAAGAUGUGGGAAGAGUAUCCUGAUGUUUAUGGGGUGCGGCGGUCAAACCGUAGUAGACAAGAACCUUCACGAUUUAAUAUUAAGGAUGAGCCAAGUAGCGGGUCUGAGAGUGGCAGCCCAAAGAGAAGAGGCCAGAGGCAACUGAAGAAACAAGAAAAAUGGAAACGGGAGGCCUCAGAAGAUGAGCAGGAUCAAGGCACUAGUGCAGAGAGUGAACCAGAGCAAAAAAAAGUGAAAUCCAGGAGACCCAUCCCCAGAAGAACAGUACCUAAACCCCGUGUUAAAAAGCAGCCUAAACCUCAACGUGGAAAAAGAAAAAAACAAGAUUCUUCCGAUGACGAUGAUGAAGAUGAUGAAGCUCCUAAAAGGCAAACUCGUCGCCGAGCAGCUAAAAUUGUUAGUUACAAAGAAGACGAUGACUUUGAGACCGACUCCGAUGACCUCAUUGAAAUGACUGGCGAAGGACUCGAUGAGCAGCAAGACAAUAGUGAAACUAUUGAAAAGGUGUUGGAUUCCAGAGUAGGCAAGAAAGGAGCAACUGGAGCUUCUACUACAGUCUAUGCAGUUGAAGCUAGUGGAGACCCUAGUGCUGACUUUGACAGUGAAAAGGAUGAAGGUGAAGUCCAAUACCUCAUCAAAUGGAAGGGUUGGUCAUAUAUCCACAGCACAUGGGAGAGUGAAGAAUCUUUACAGCAACAGAAAGUGAAGGGCCUAAAAAAACUAGAGAACUUCAAGAAGAAAGAGGAUGAAAUCAAACAAUGGCUAGGGAAAGUUUCUCCUGAAGAUGUAGAAUACUUUAACUGCCAACAAGAGCUGGCCUCAGAGUUGAACAAACAGUAUCAGAUAGUAGAAAGAAUAAUAGCUGUGAAGACAAGUAAAUCUACAUUGGGUCAAACAGAUUUUCCAGCUCACAGUCGCAAGCCGGCACCUUCAAAUGAACCCGAGUAUCUAUGCAAAUGGAUGGGACUGCCCUAUUCAGAGUGUAGCUGGGAAGAUGAAGCCCUGAUUGGGAAGAAAUUCCAGAGCUGUAUCGACAGCUUCCACAGUAGGAACAACUCAAAAACCAUCCCAACAAGAGAAUGCAAGGCCUUGAAGCAGAGGCCCCGGUUUGUGGCCUUAAAGAAACAGCCGGCAUAUUUAGGAGGGGAGAAUCUGGAGCUCCGUGAUUAUCAGCUAGAAGGUCUCAACUGGCUUGCUCAUUCCUGGUGCAAAAGUAACAGUGUCAUCCUUGCAGAUGAAAUGGGCCUGGGAAAGACCAUCCAGACCAUAUCAUUCCUCUCCUACCUGUUCCAUCAACACCAGCUCUACGGCCCUUUUCUUAUAGUCGUCCCGCUCUCCACCCUCACCUCGUGGCAGAGGGAGUUUGAAAUCUGGGCUCCAGAGAUUAACGUAGUAGUUUACAUCGGUGAUCUGAUGAGCAGAAACACGAUUAGGGAAUAUGAAUGGAUUCAUUCCCAAACCAAAAGGCUGAAGUUCAACGCACUUAUAACAACCUAUGAAAUCCUUUUAAAAGAUAAGACUGUGCUGGGCAGUAUUACCUGGGCCUUUCUGGGAGUGGAUGAAGCCCAUCGGUUGAAGAAUGAUGACUCUUUGUUGUAUAAAACUCUGAUUGAUUUCAAGUCCAACCAUAGGCUCCUGAUUACGGGGACCCCUCUUCAGAAUUCCCUCAAAGAGCUCUGGUCCUUGCUGCACUUUAUUAUGCCGGAGAAGUUUGCGUUCUGGGAAGAUUUCGAGGAAGACCAUGGGAAAGGGCGAGAGAAUGGUUACCAGAGUCUGCAUAAGGUGCUGGAGCCUUUCCUUCUCCGGAGGGUUAAAAAGGACGUGGAGAAGUCCCUCCCUGCCAAAGUCGAGCAGAUUCUCCGAGUGGAGAUGUCAGCUCUUCAGAAGCAGUAUUACAAGUGGAUUCUGACGAGAAAUUACAAGGCUUUAGCCAAAGGAACCAGAGGAAGCACAUCAGGUUUCCUUAAUAUUGUGAUGGAACUAAAAAAAUGUUGCAAUCACUGCUAUCUGAUUAAACCUCCUGAAGAAAAUGAACGGGAAAAUGGACAGGAGAUUCUUCAGUCUCUGAUCAGGAGCAGUGGGAAGCUAAUUCUACUAGACAAACUUUUGACAAGACUUCGAGAAAGGGGGAAUAGAGUUCUUAUCUUCUCCCAGAUGGUGAGGAUGUUGGAUAUCUUGGCUGAAUACUUAGCUAUUAAGCACUAUCCAUUCCAGCGUCUGGAUGGUUCCAUCAAGGGAGAGAUCCGAAAGCAGGCACUGGAUCACUUCAAUGCAGACGGGUCAGAGGACUUCUGUUUCCUGCUCUCGACAAGGGCUGGUGGCCUGGGAAUCAACUUGGCUUCAGCGGACACAGUUGUCAUUUUUGACUCUGAUUGGAACCCUCAGAAUGACUUGCAGGCACAAGCCCGAGCCCAUAGAAUUGGUCAGAAGAAGCAGGUAAAUAUUUACCGCUUAGUUACAAAGGGGACUGUGGAGGAGGAGAUCAUAGAACGAGCCAAAAAGAAGAUGGUAUUGGACCAUCUGGUAAUUCAGCGUAUGGACACCACUGGCCGGACUGUCCUGGAAAACAACUCUGGGAGGUCCAACUCGAAUCCUUUUAAUAAAGAAGAGCUGACAGCUAUUUUGAAAUUUGGAGCAGAGGAUCUCUUCAAAGAACUUGAAGGGGAAGAGUCAGAGCCUCAGGAAAUGGAUAUUGAUGAAAUUUUGCGCUUGGCAGAAACUAGAGAGAAUGAGAUAUCAACAAGUGCAACAGAUGAGCUUCUGUCACAGUUUAAGGUGGCCAACUUUGCUACAAUGGAAGAUGAGGAAGAGCUGGAAGAGCGUCCCCACAAGGACUGGGAUGAGAUCAUUCCAGAAGAGCAGCGGAAAAAAGUGGAGGAGGAGGAGCGGCAGAAGGAGCUGGAAGAAAUUUACAUGCUGCCUCGGAUUCGGAGUUCCACCAAGAAGGCCCAAACGAACGACAGUGAUUCUGACACUGAAUCUAAGAGGCAGGCCCAGAGGUCCUCUGCCUCUGAAAGUGAAACGGAUGACUCCGAUGAUGACAAGAAGCCAAAGCGCAGAGGGCGCCCCAGGAGCGUGCGCAAGGACCUUGUGGAGGGAUUCACUGAUGCAGAAAUUCGGAGAUUCAUCAAGGCUUAUAAGAAGUUUGGUCUCCCUCUUGAACGGCUGGAGUGCAUAGCUCGGGAUGCGGAGUUAGUAGAUAAGUCCGUGGCAGAUCUGAAACGCCUGGGUGAACUGAUUCACAACAGCUGUGCAUCAGCAAUGCAGGAAUAUGAAGAACAGCUGAAAGAAAAUGCCAGUGAGGGGAAAGGACCAGGGAAAAGGAGAGGCCCUACAAUUAAAAUAUCAGGGGUUCAGGUUAAUGUGAAAUCCAUUAUCCAACAUGAAGAAGAGUUCGAGAUGCUGCACAAAUCUAUUCCCGUGGACCCUGAAGAAAAAAAAAAAUACUGUUUGACCUGUCGCGUCAAGGCUGCACAUUUUGAUGUUGAAUGGGGAAUAGAGGAUGAUUCUCGCCUUUUGCUGGGAAUUUAUGAACAUGGUUAUGGAAACUGGGAGUUAAUUAAAACCGAUCCAGAGCUUAAAUUAACUGACAAAAUUCUGCCCUUGGAAAGCGAUAAAAAGCCUCAGGGAAAGCAACUGCAGACGCGAGCGGAUUAUUUACUGAAGUUGCUGAGGAAGGGUUUGGAGAAGAAAGGCGCUGUGAAAGGCGGAGAAGAGGCCAAACUGAAGAAGCGAAAGCCUCGCGUCAAGAAGGAGAACAAGGUGCCCAGGCUGAAAGAUGAGCACGGAGUUGAGUUUUCAUCACCUCGGCACUCCGAUAACCCAUCAGAGGAGGGCGAAGUGAAGGACGAUGGCUUAGAAAAAAGCCCACUGAAAAAGAAACAGAAGAAAAAAGAGAACAAGGAGAACAAAGAGAAACAAAUGAGUUCUAAGAAAGACAAAGAAGGGGAUAAGGACAGGAAGAAGUCAAAAGAUAAGAAGGAGAAGCCUAAAGGUGGUGACGCCAAGUCUUCGAGUAAAUCCAAGCGAUCUCAGGGCCCUGUUCACAUUACCGCAGGGAGUGAGCCUGUCCCCAUUGGAGAGGAUGAGGAAGACGACCUGGACCAGGAGACAUUCAGCAUAUGUAAGGAGAGGAUGAGACCCGUGAAAAAGGCCUUGAAACAGCUGGACAAGCCCGACAAGGGACUCAAUGUACAAGACCAGCUGGAGCACACCCGGAGCUGCCUGUUGAAAAUCGGAGACCGGAUAGCUGAAUGCCUUAAAGCCUACUCAGACCAGGAGCACAUCAAACUGUGGAGGAGGAACCUGUGGAUUUUUGUUUCCAAGUUUACAGAAUUUGAUGCUCGGAAAUUGCAUAAGUUAUACAAAAUGGCUCAUAAGAAAAGAUCUCAAGAAGAGGAGGAGCAAAAGAAGAAAGAUGAUAUGAUUGGUGGUAAAAAACCAUUUCGACCAGAGGCCUCUGGUUCAAGCCGGGACUCCCUGAUGUCUCAGUCUCACGCUCCACACAACCUUCACUCUCAGAAGCCUCAUUUGCCUGCCUCCCAUGGCCCACAGAUGCAUGGACACCCAAGAGAUAACUACAAUCACCCCAACAAGAGACACUUUAGUAAUUCAGAUCGAGGAGACUGGCAGCGGGACAGGAAGUUCAGCUAUGGUGGUGGGAACCCCCCAUGGGGCAGCGAGCGGCACCAUCAGUAUGAGCAGCACUGGUACAAGGACCACCAUUACGGGGACCGGCGGCACAUGGAUUCCCACCGCUCUGGGAGCUACCGACCCAACAACCUGUCUCGAAAGAGACCUUACGACCAGUAUAGCAGUGACCGAGACCAUCGGGGACACCGAGAUUAUUAUGACAGGCACCAUCAUGACUCCAAGCGACGAAGAUCUGAUGACUUUAGGCCUCAAAAUUACCAUCAGCAGGAUUUCCGACGAAUGUCUGAUCACCGCCCACCUAUGGGUUACCACGGCCAGGGACCCUCGGACCAUUACCGCUCUUUCCACACAGACAAAUUGGGAGAAUAUAAACAGCCUCUCCCGCCAUUGCACCCUGGAGUCUCAGAUCCUCGCUCACCACCUUCUCAGAAAUCUCCUCACGAUUCCAAGUCACCCCUGGAUCACAGGUCUCCUUUGGAGAGAUCACUAGAACAGAGAAACAACCCGGAUUAUAACUGGAAUGUACGGAAAACUUAGGCGAGAGCUUGGAAAGGGAAGGGCUGGCGUCAUCAAGCACCUGGAUGUUCUUGGUCUGAUCCAACAGUAACCAGGUAUUUUGACCAGCGGCGAGUUUCUGGACCUGCUGCUGCCCGUCAGCUCACCGGCUGGAGGAGCCCUUCGCCGAGUAGGGCUUGUGUCUGGUCCAGCGUGGAUUUGGGUCACCGCUUCUGCACUUUGGCACCCCAUCUCAUUCCAGCCUCGCUCUGGCCUCCUACUUUUAUGGGUGCUAGCAGGAAGUGAUGACUUUGUGUACCAGCAGUAUAAGGGUAGUCCCCAGGGCAGGAAGAGGGGACCCUAGCGCUGUCCAUGUUCAGUGCCAUCAGCGUUCCAGGGAGGAGGGGGGAGGGCAUGAGUGAAGGCUGCCAGGACUUGACUGGGCAGAGUGCGAUGAUUUUAUUCACUAGUAUGUGAUUAUUGCUGCUGUGGGGGAGAACGGUGGAGGCAGAGUGGUGGGCUUCUUGCCUCAUAGGGCUCGAAGGGGAGCAGGGCAGCCCCUCGUGUAUUCUGGGAGAAUUGAUACACUUGAGCCUCAUGAUGUGGCACCCUAAGGGGAGACGGGGCCUAAAGAGAAAGAGAAAGAAAGAACAACUUCCACAAAUGUUCACUUUCCUACCGACACUAAUCUUUCCCACACUGUCUUUGUACAUUUCAAAGAGUUGGUCUCCCGCUUGUGGGCCGCUGCCAUUUCCCCCCGUGGCAGGGAAGGCGGGCUUCCUUGGGCUGACUUGAGUACGGUGAGUUCGGCAUGUUGAAGUCAGCAUGGGCCUUGCUUGGCUGGGGAGCGGCAGGAUGAGGCUGUAAGGUGGGAGGGCAAGGAGGGUGUCGUGUGCACGCCCGGGAACCUGGACUCCCUGGUGGAGUUCUUACUGCGGUGGGGUGUCAACUCCCAGGAGCGGGCAGCAGCGGCAGGCCUGCCAGGACGGUGCCUCAGGUGCUGUGCGAGCAGGUUCCCCGUGAGAGUGCAGCAGCGAGGAGGCGCUCGCUCAGCACUGCGUAGGUCAGAGUACAGCGCAUCUUAGUUUGCUGUGUACAACUUGAAGCAGAGAAUACCGAACCACAUCUCUUGAUCGCUAUUUGGUCCGAUGAAAGUAAGUUAACGUGCGGAGAACAGGUUUCUACUGCUAGUUGAAGGUUAUUAGAAUUAUACUCGAUUUUCUUUUCUUUUAUUAAGAUCAUGAAGUAAAGUAUGCAGAUAAACCCAAACUAGUUUUUUCCCCAGGAUCAGCAUCCAGGGUUUGGGUGACGGAGCCGUGGGUAGUAAGCCUCAACGAGGACUGGACUGAGGCAGGACCACGAGGCACGUUGUUUAAGCACGAGGCAUCGAUUAAGCAGGAAGAGUAGGGUUGUCCUUCAAGAACGUUUCACAGUUUGGAUGCUUGGGCCUUCAGCUUUGCUCAUUUUAAACGAUAGCUCCGCCAGUAUUUUUUAGCAUAUCCAAAGGCCUUUCUAGAUGAGACAGACCACUGGAUUGAACAUACGGUGUGCCUGUAUCCUAAAUUUAUGCCUGCCAAAUGUAAGUGUUUCAUCCCUUCUGUGGGCUCCCACGGGGGUAAACUCCUGAACUGACCUGUAGGGACUUCGUCAAGUCAUGGUCACUUACUUGCUGGUGUUCUGGGAAGCACCAUUAAUGCCUUCACUCAGAAAACCUUGAGUUGAAUCCACCCUAGUGAAGCAGGGUGGCGUUGAUGGGCGGUCGCACUGCGCCGUACACAGUGUGGGGGGAGCGGCUGGCCAGAAUGGAAUUUCCAGGUGAUAGCUGGUCCCUGUGACUUGCGUUGGAGCUUUAUUGGCCCCACCACCUUUGCACUUAACCUCUGGUGGCACUUGAGUUGUUUACACAUGAUCUGGGGAGGAGCCGCCUGAGCACAGCCAGCCCACCAAGGGCUUGCUGAGAAUGCCCAAUGGGAGCAGCUAGGAGAUGAAGGCUUUACUCUGGCCACAAAGUAAGUGAUUAAACAAACCUACCAAUUUAGCUUUUCACUGGUAAUAUUCAUACCAUUCCAAGCUUGUCUUGCGGUCCUUGAUUUAUGGGGAGGUAGGGUAAGAGAUGGGCCCACGGGUCCCUUUCCCUUGGGAAGUCAAACUGUUCCCUGGAGGAGCCAGCUGCUCCUUCAGAUGGAGGGUGGGCGAAGGAGGCUAUGGCUGCCCAUCUCUCUUUCCAAAGCUGUUGCUCAAAGAUGUCUCAUCAUGAGGAGAAAAGAGCUUCCUUUUGUUCACAUUCAGGACGCCUAGUGCCAUAUAAUGUAGCAAAAGGCAGUAUCAACCAGAUCAGUGUUAAAUUGAUUGUAAAAUGACAGUAUCCCCAUCAAAACUUCUAUUUUAGGUGUUGGAUUAUGUUUGCAUUAUGUUUGCAAGAGUGGGUUGGGGGACAGGGCAUUUCCUCAUUGAUUUAAAUCAGUAUGAAAAUUGUAUGCCUAAAUGAAAACCCAAAGUUUGCACAGGUAGAAAUCUCUCGGUUGUGGCUGAGAGAGGCUGCCAGAGGAGUCUUUGAAGAUGGUAUUCCAUGAAGUCUAGCUCUGCAGGAUUUAAUUGUUGGGUAGAAGUAGCAGGGGCUGAGUAAGAGGGGGAUUGCCAACACUGAACAGAAACCAGGAUUACCACAUUGUACUGAAACCCCAAGGAAGCAAAAGGUGACGAGGGGCUGCUCCCCAGGCUUAGCUGCCCCCCUCAGCUCACUCUCCCACUAGCCAUCCCCUAGGCCCUUGGGCGGGACCCACUGACACUGCGCAUCCUCAGCAGACAUUCAAGCCAGAUGUCUGCCUUGGCAUCCGGAUGUGUGGUGAUAAUGCCAUUGACGUAAGAAUGCACACAGGGACUCUGUAACCUACAGACCAAGACCCAGCCCAGCCUGGAGCCGCCUGGUGGGCCGCUGGCUGCUGGCCGGGCACAGAUUGCCAUGCCCAGGGUCCAGGCUGCUUCAGCCCAUCCGCUCCCCACUCGCCUGGGGCCAGAUGGCUGUUGUUUCUUGUAAAAUUGUGGACUUUUAAACCCUGUUGACUAAACAGUAAUUAAUUUAUAUUUGUGAGAAAAAAAUGCCACUGUCCUAGUGAUUUCUGAUGUAAAUAAUGUUGUUUAUAUAGUAUGUAUUAAAUUUUCCUACAUUGUAAAACUGCUGUACUUUUGAUUCUUGUAUAUUAAAAAGUGUUACUAAGGAUUUCUAGAA